CUAACUAGAAAAUUAGACUAGAUUUAUGAAAAGUUAGAUGCUGUAGCAGAAGCCGGAGUUUCGGCCCAGCGACAUGGGACGGAAAAUAAAGAACAGGCCAGAUCAUGGUGGUAAAAAUCAGUACCAAGAACUCAAUGUUCUUCUUCACCAAAUUCAGGAUCAACGAGUGAGAUCAGGGCAGACCAUGAACAGCAUCUCAAAGUUAAACGACAAGAACUCUCUCGAACAAAGAUCAUUUCCCUCCUACAAAACCAAACUCAAGAGUUUAAUCAGCAACUCUAUGUGCGAGACUCAGCAGGAGAUAGAGAUAAUACAAAAAGCUCUGAACAAGAUAUCUAAAAUGGAAAACAAGGCGGCGGGCACUGAGUCCACUUCGGGGACAGCACCAGCCGUCCCGGCAAGGCAGGCUGGGUCACAACAACCUCGGAAAGCAAUGCGCAGGGGCUUCUUCAUGACGCUGCUUCAACAAAAGGCAAACCAACUGCCUACGUGGAUGGGCCCCAAGAGCGAGACGCCAGCCGCUUUGACUGGAACUGUACCAGCUGACGCCACCUACAUUUGCAAUCCAGGAGAUGACGUGGCAGCCCUGUGCGAUGACGUGGCUGACGACAACUGGAUCCUGGCUGAGGUCUACCUUUACAACUCCAACACCAACAAGUACCAGGUGAAGGAUAUAGAGGAGGACGAGCGAGGAGAGAACAGUGACAAACACACUCUCUCUCGGAGAAGAGUCAUACCCCUACCACUCCGGAAACUGAACCCUCCAACCCACGGUCACCUUCUCUUUCAGCCCAAACACAAAGUUCUGGCUCUUUACCCCCAAACUACUUGCUUCUACCCCGCCACAAUUCACAAGCCCCCAGAGACCGAGAAUGACGACUAUCAGGUCAUGUUCUACGACAACUACUACGCCGAGGGUUACGCACCGCCUCUUCCUGUCCCGCAACGUUACGUUCUCGACUUCAAGGACAAGAAACGGAAAUGAGGGCCCCUAUCUGGCGAGGUUACUAGUUUCUUCUUAAGUUAAAUACACAGUUGUACUGGACGGCUGAACGGGAAGUGGCCACUCAUUCUCCC